AAUUAACUAAAACACAAUCUAGAGAGAGAAACCGCUUGCUCGUCGUUUUGGUGAAACUGUUGGCAGAUCAGACGCAUUCAUCUUCCCAUGGGAAUGGAGGUGGUUGAUAAUAUAUGUACGGACAAGGAAGUGCAUUCUGUCGCUAUUGAUUCUAAUAAUCUUUCGGUUGAUUCAAGUACUGCUCUUUCGGUCGAUUCCAAUGUUUCUGUCAACGGGAAUGCAAACCCUGAUAUCCAGACAACAGACGAACUUAAAGAGUUUGAAGUAAAGAAAUGUAUUACUGAAGACGUUAAACAUGCAAAUGACCUUUCUGGUGAUUCAAGUAACGACAUAUUGGACCGUGAAACUUGCUUGGUGAAGGAAAAGACAAAAUCCGGCAUUCAACAGACAGAAGGGGAAAGUAAGAAAUCAAACACAACCGUUAAACCUACAACCAAAUCCGCUAAAACAAAACGCACUGUUCCGCAACCAUUUGCUCUCGCUACCGAAAAGCGUGCUCUAUGCGGAUCGCGCCCUGUUGGCACUCCUGUCGCCAAGCCAUCUCAUUCAAGCAGUUCACCUGCCCAACUUACAAAGAAAACAAAUGAGGUAGUUCCUCCUUCAAUAGCAAGGAAGCCUUUGCAACCAGAUAACAAGAAGCAUCCGGAUGAUGACGACUCUUGUUCAGUAGCAUCCUCAACUGCCGCAUCAGCAAGGCCUAUAAUGUCCAAGCCCACUUCUGCAUCAGCCCCAGUGUUCCGGUGUAGCACGCGUGCAGAGAGACGGAAAGAGUUUUAUUCCAAAUUAGAAGAGAAACAGCAAGCACUGGAGGCAGAGAAAAUUCAAUGUGAGGAAAGAACCAAGGAAGAAAAGGAAGCAGCCCUGAAGCAACUCAGAAAGAGUUUGUUAUUUAAGGCAAACCCGAUGCCAAGCUUCUAUCAUGCGGGCCCACCGCCAAAAGUCGAGCUAAAGAAGCCGCCACCAACUCGUGCAAAGUCACCGAAAUUGGGCAGAAGGAAAAGCUGCAGUGAUACGCUCAGUUUAGACAAAAGAAAAGGGGCAAAUGCUAGAGUUCGCCAUAGUAUUGGGAUCUACCGAGAUACAACAAACAAAAAGGACAAUCAAAAUCCCGUUGAAAAAGAGCCAAACGAGUCUGUUUUGACCAAUAUUACUGAAGAUUUUAAUGAGAAGAUUAGUAUGGAGUCUUAAGUCCUGAUUUCCUGGUGAGUUUUUCUAAUUUAUACAAUCUUGAUUGUCUUUUUCGUUCCGAUCUUGAUCAGGGGGCUUUGCAGUGGCUUUCUUAACGUGCUCGGAUAUUUGUUAUGUAUGAAGUGUAAAUUAUACUGCAAGUUGUGCUCUUAUUUAUGGAGAAAAUGUUGUACUAAUUACAUAUGUAUAUUUCUAUAUAAAAACCUUAAUAACUCGAAUAUAUUAUAUAUC